GUUGUUGGCUUGCACAUUUGUCGCUUCUUGUCCUGAGUGUAUACUGAGAUAGUUGUAGUGUUGUGUCACUUACUGUGUGGUCCACAGACCUACCGUAUAUUAUAGGGCUCAGUCUUCACCUUCUGCAGCCGCAGCUUUUUAGUCAAUUGUCUAUUAUUAUCAAUACAAUGUUGUCAGACACACACUUUCUAUAAUAGUAUUGGCGAUGUAAUUUGUUCGCUAGUUACACUUUAUACAGUAGCACAAACACAAGAGCCUUAUUAGGGAUAUUAUUUUACUAUAUAUCACCUGUAAUUGAAUGGUCUUGUGCUGAAUAAAUCUACUUUUUAACGUUUGCUCCUGUACCAAAGUGCAGCUCUAUGAGCAUUAAUAGUACAUCUUAAAUUAUGCACAAGCAUUUGCUCAUUGUUGCAUCAAAGUUUGAAUCCACUUUUACAUAAUUUCUAUGUAAAUUAAAUAUAUUUUUCUUUUUUUAUCUAUGAUAUAAUAUAUUUCCCUUUACCUUAGAGUUAAAACAAAGAGCCUUUAGGAGCUGGGACAUAAAAAAAAGAUAUCAAGGGAGUCAAAACAUCUCAUGGAUGAAGAUAACAAGUGCACCCCCAGAAUCAAAUGUCAGAUCGACUUUAUUGAGGAUCCUGAUACAUUUAGUUACAGCAAAUUCUUUCACGACUAUUUGCUCACUAACUCCCCGUGCCUUUUCUCUGCCAAGUUCACUAAGGAAUGGGGCAGCCGGAAAACCUGGGUAACUGCUGAAAAUAAGCCUGACUGGGACUAUCUUCUCCAAAACUUUGGAAAUGCAGUUGUACCUGUUGCAAACUGUAAUGUUAAAGAAUAUAACUCGAAUCCCAAAGAACACAUCCUGCUACUUGAGUACAUCACUUACUGGAGAGAUUACAUAGAGAACGGCUGUCAGUCACCCAAGGGAUGUCUGUAUCUGAAAGACUGGCACAUGCGCAGAGAGUUCCCAGGUCAAGACAUAUAUCAAACUCCUAAAUACUUUUCUUCAGACUGGUUAAAUGAAUAUUGGGAUGCCAUUGAAGGAGAUGAUUAUCGUUUUGUCUAUAUGGGACCCAAGGGUUCAUGGACACCUUUCCAUGCUGAUGUGUUUAGAUCCUACAGCUGGUCAGCUAAUGUUUGUGGUCAGAAGAAAUGGAUUCUCUUUCCAGCUGGCCAAGAAGAGUAUCUAAGAGAUUGUCAUGAGAAUUUACCGUUUGACAUAACUUCAUCUUGCCUUCAAGAUAAAAGCAUUUACCCAAAUGCCAGCAAGUGCUGCCAACCCAUUGAGGUCAUACAGGAAGCGGGGCAGAUAAUCUUUAUUCCUAGCGGGUGGCAUCACCAGGUAUACAAUAUGGAAGACACUAUUUCCAUCAACCAUAACUGGGUAAAUGGCUGUAACGUGUCAUUUAUGUGGAAAUUUCUCCAGGAGGAGCUAAGGGCAGUCCAGCAGGAGAUUGGUGAAUGGAAGGAGACAAUGGAAGACUGGCAUCAUCAUUGCCAGAUCAUCAUGAAAUCUUGCUCUGGAAUUGAUUAUAAGGAAUUUUAUAUUUUCCUUAAAAUAAUUGCUGAACACAGAAUUCAAGUAUUACAAACUUCCAAUGAGGCGGAUACAUAUUAUACAAGCUGUUGUGGCAAGGAAUCUCUGAUAUAUCCCGGACAUUUGCACUAUGUGUUUGACCUUGAGAAGACUAUGGACAUUUUGUCAUCAUUGAUAAAUAAUGAAGAUUUCAAAAGACUGGACAAAGAAUCUCUCUCUCCUCCUCCUGAGGAAUUAUUGCAGAGUUUGAAGACUGCAAUUGCUCAUAGAACACAUCAUUUAAACCGACAUUAA